AUUACAAAACAUGAAAUGGGAUUAUUAAGAGUAGGAUUUCAGCAUCGUUCACUCUUACGAUCCCGAGUUGUCUAUCUUCCACACCACCAUUUCCAUCAAAAUCCAAAACCCUUUCCAGAAACUUCCUGUUACCCCGUACCAUCUGCACGUGCAACGAGAAGAAUCCCACCGGUGAGAGCGUCAUCGUCAUCGUCAUCGUCAUCGUCAUCGUCAUCGUCAGCAGUUCCCAAAAUGGUCAAAGCCAUCAGGGUUCACGAGCUUGGUGGUCCUGAGGUUCUGAAGUGGGAGGACGUGGAAAUAGGAGAACCGAAGGACGGGGAGAUUCGUGUGAAAAACAAGGUCAUUGGGCUUAAUUUCGUUGAUGUUUAUUUUCGCAAAGGAGUAUAUAAGGCCGCUGCAUUGCCCUUCACCCCAGGUGUGGAGGCUGUUGGGGUGGUGACAGCUGUGGGUCCUGGACUGACUGGCAGGCAAGUUGGAGACCUUGUAGCUUAUGCUGGUCGCCCAAUGGGCUCAUAUGCUGAAGAGCAGAUCCUUCCUGCGAAUAAAGUUGUGCCUGUUCCGCCCUCUAUUGAUCCUAUCAUUGCAGCGUCCGUUAUGUCUAAGGGUAUGACGGCCCGAUUUCUACUCCGCCGAUGCUUCAAGGUUGAGCCUGGACACACAAUCCUUGUUCACGCAGCAGCUGGUGGAGUUGGAUCUCUAUUAAGCCAGUGGGCUAAUGUCUUAGGUGCCACUGUCAUUGGAACUGUCUCCACUGAAGAGAAGGCAGCUCAAGCCAAGGAUGAUGGGUGUCACCAUGUUAUAAUCUAUAAGGAAGAAGAUUUUGUUGCUCGUGUCAAUGAGAUUACAUCAGGCGAUGGGGUUGAUGUUGUCUACGAUUCUGUAGGAAAAGAUACCUUCCAGGGAUCAUUGGCAUGCUUGAAGGCUCGUGGGUACAUGGUGAGUUUUGGGCAGUCAUCAGGUAUACCAGAUCCAGUUCCAUUGUCAGCUCUUGCUGUGAAAUCCCUGUUCUUGACCAGGCCUUCCCUGAUGCAAUACAAUGCAACUCGGGAUGAGCUACUGGAAGCUGCUGGGGAGGUAUUUGGUAAUGUCGAAUCAGGUGUCUUGAGGGUUCGAGUGAAACACACCUACCCUUUGUCUCAGGCAGCACAGGCACAUGCAGACCUUGAAAGUAGGAAGACUACUGGAUCCGUUGUGUUGAUACCCUAAGGCAUGAUGCGUUAACUCCUUACUUCCAAAUAUCUGAUUGGUUUAUCCAUUUGAAAUCCCUUGUAGUCUGUGUGAAAAGAACUUGAAUCUCUUCCAGUUCCGGAUAUAGCCGGGUUGCUGGAUGCAAGUAUAUAUAUGUUUUGAAAUAGUUAUCAAAAGAGCUGUUGUGAGAUCAACAAAAGUUUCCUUCUCCCAGGAUGUGUAAUUUUCAUGCUUUUCAUGAAAAUGUAACGAAUCUGUAAUCUGAAAAUUUGUAAAUGUUGUUAGAGGAUUGCUAUGCAAACAGAUUAUGCGUGGGUUCUCUCAGAGUAAACUGCUAUCGAAACAAUAAUAUUUUAAUAUUUUAUA